UCUUAUUGUCUUUGGAGCUCAGUUUUGGAAGAUGAGUUUGCUUAACCACUUCUUUCUUAGUCAAUUAACAGAAUUCCAUUCUUUCAACAAUUUGGACAAUUUGUCUUCUAAACUAUACGGUGGCGCCGAUUACUAGGACAGGUUUCAUGCAGGAGGCGAAUCAUUUGGAAUUAUGAUAUUUUAUUUGAUUAUCCUUCUUUCUAGUGUGCAUUUCCUGUUCGGAUUUAUAGAUGAGACCGACCAUAGAAGUGCAUUCAAACCACACUAUGCGAAAAAUAAUUCCAGAUCACUUUUCGACGACUUCACAUUCAUCACAGUUCCAAAUCUCACUGGGCUUGAUGUUGGCGCUCUUUUCGGACAUCCUUCAAACAUGACUUUUGGUCAACCAUGGAAACCUUACAAUCUUCACACGACUUCCACCAUGCGAAGUACCACAUCGCGUCACACUCCGGGAACCACUCACGAUACGUCACCAUUCACCAGCACUGAGGAUAGUCUCAGCUCUCGGCCUUCGUCAUCAACAGACCACCCUUUAUCGUCAUCAUCAUCGCAGGCAACCUCAUCGUCUUCGGCUUCAUCGACCGGGUCGGGAACUGCGGUCGCUUCUUCUUCUUCAUCUUCGUUUUCAAUCGCGACCACAACUGAAACCAGUGGUGAAGCAUUCACGGCAGCCUACAGUCCAAUAGGAUAUGAAGUGGAGUGUGGACUAUCCAAUUAUUCCAGUUUCACUUCUGGCAAAAUUGUUGGAGGAGUCGCCGCUGAAAGAGGUCAGUUUCCAUGGCAGAUAUCACUGCAGGUGUUGACAGACACGUCGGCCAGACACAUCUGUGGCGGGGCCAUCGUCAGCUCGCAUUGGAUAGUGACGGCGGCGCACUGCGUCUACAAAGUGGGACCUGAGAAGCUGUCCGUAGUGGCCGGUGACUACAAUCUCUACACUGUUGAAGGACAUGAACAGCGAAGAAGAGUUGUAAAAAUUAUAAAACAUAACUAUGUGAGGCAGAACUUCUCAAACGACAUUGCUCUACUGCAGGUCUGGCCCAAGUUGCGCCUUGAUGGAUUCUGGACAGCUCCGAUUUGCAUUCCAAUGUCUUCGCUAAAAUUCGAUUCAGGAUCAGCUACUGUGACUGGUUGGGGACGGCUGUCGGAAAAUGGAGGACUGGCUCAUAUCCUUCAGCAAGUGACUCUGCCAAUCAUACCCAAGAAGAGAUGCAAUGAGCUGUACGAGAGUGCUGGCUAUGGAGAUUAUCUCAACAAAUGCCAGAUGUGCUGUGGUCUGGAGGAUGGAGGAGCCGACUCCUGUCAGGGCCAUUCACUAUCGUAG